AUGAUCUUGAGGGUGGUUUCUUAUACAAUAAUGGAUAGGAUCAGUCCAUUGCCAGAUGAUUUGAUCUUGAAGAUAUUGUCAUUCCCUCCAACGAAAGUUGCUAUAACCACAAGCCUUUUGUCAAAACGUUGGCGUGAUGUUUGGAAACAUGUGCCGAAGCUUGAGUAUUUUGCUCCACGAGCUUCCACUUUCAUUCAAAACUUUUUGAUAUUACACAAGGCUCCUGUCCUAAAAACCAUGCAUGUCGAACUUGCCCAAAAUCAUCGUCCUACAGAUAUUGAAAUCUGGCUUAGAGUUGCAGUUGAACGUGGUGUGCGCAAACUUCGUUUUCACAAUAAUCCAUUCGGUCCAAAGGAGGCCAUACGGUUGCCUGGGAGUCUGUAUACAUGUCAAACCCUUGUGAGUUUAACCCUACUCUAUACUUUCAUUGUGGAUGUUCCUUUGACAAUUUGUUUCCCGUCACUCAAGACUUUGAGGCUUAGAGCACCUGCAAUGGUGUUCUUGGUGGCUCGGAAUCAUAGUUAUGUUGCUAAGGAUUCUAGUCUAAAAUCCUGCAUUGGAAGUGCUCUUAGACGCGUGGAAUUUUCAAACGAUGAAAUAGUUCCUAGGAUUCUAUCUGGUUGCCCUGUCCUUGAAGGCCUAGCUAUAACUAGAGUAAACAAUGGAAACAUGAAAACCUUCACAAUCAUGGUUCCUUCAUUGCUGAGAUUAACAGUUUUGGACUUGAAAUCUGGUUCUCAAGUUCCAGGAGAUGAUAUUGGGUUAAUGAUCGCAGCUCCUUCUUUAACGUCGCUAACUGUUUUUAGCCAAGUAAGUUGUUCACUAGUGAAUAUGCCAUGCCUCGUGAAGGCUUACAUCAAGCUUUCUUCACCUGGUGAUUCUAAGAAGCUUCUACAAUUUCUUACCUCAGCUGAACACCUUUCCUUAUGUGCAAUACCAUCAACGGUAACAAUCUAUGCAUUUUUGUGAUCAUAUAUAUAUAUAUACUCUCUUUUUUAACUAAUAGUUACAUUAACUUGUGAUGAUGCCAUUUGCAGUUUUCAUAUCCUAUUGGCGUCUUCUAUCAUCUCGUGUCUCUAGUACUAUGUACAUGCUGUUCAGUUUGGUUCUGUCUUAUACUCAGACAAACCCCUAAACUCAGAGUUCUCAGAUUCCGACCAAUUGAGAGAUGUUUCGAUUAUGUCCAGAUUCAAUGGGAGCAAACAAGUUCUGUUCCUCAAUGUUUGAUCUCGAGUCUGAAAACUGUUGAGUGGAUUGAUUACCAAGGAAGAGAAUCAGAGAAAAAAACGGUGAUGUAUUUGCUAAAGAACUCUGGACAGCUAAAGAAGAUGGCUAUUAAAGCCUUACCAUCAACCAAUUUGGGAGAUAGAUACAAGAUGCUGCAAGAGCUGUCGUCUACGCAGAGGAGUUCUAAACAAUGUCAGUUUUUCUUCACCUGAAGUUUUGUCGGAUCUCAGAGAUAUAUAACUAUAUACAUAUAUAUUAAUUUUAAUUCCUGGAGCGUCAUUAGUAGUUAACAUAUUGAAGAUAUUGGUUUUUACUGAAUUUGGUUUUAAGGAUUUGGCUGGAAAUAUACAUUUGGUUUUAAGCUCACCGAGAUGUACCACUAGAGUGGAAACUUGCAUAUCUCCUGUGUCGUUUCUUUCGUUUCCUGCACACAAAACCAUACGAACAUCAUGCAAUCGAUCGCAAAAUAUAGCUACAGAUCAUCUUUCAAAAAAAAAAAAAGGUAUAUAUAUAGCUAUACUGCUACAGAUCAAAACCUAAUAUCUGACAUAGGUAAAAUUUAUAAAUUGUACUCUCUUGAUCAGAUAUUAGACUGCACAAAUCAUAAGCAAUCUAAUUAUAUUUAGUAUGGUUUCAAAGCCAGUUUCUGAAUGUAUAUUUGUAUAUGUAUAUAUAUAUAUGUCAAGUAUAUAUAUAUGUUAAUGUUUAAAAUUAUAGUGAAUAUUCUUCACUUAAUUUUUUUAUAUAAAUUAUGAUACUAUUAUUGAAUUUGAAAUAAUAUACAUAUAUAUAUAUUCUUUAUAAUAUUUCAAAUUUGAGAUAUCUUUUUUUACCCACUUAUAUACUUGUCAAAUUAGGAGUUGUUUUCCUUUUCUAAAAUAAAUAAAAUGUUAACUAAUUAAUGAAACACUAGAUUUUGACCCGCGCUUUGAAAGCGCGGGUUUUUUUUUGUUUUUUUUUUUCAAUUGACAAAUAUUUAGUAAAUGUCACAUUUUCAUAUAUUUGUGUUUUAUUUUAUAAAAGAUUUAAAAAAUUUAUCUUUAUUUAUCGUAUUUCAUUUUAAAUGA